UAAUACAAUUUCCAUGGAUUGGGCAUUGGGUAUGUGGUUGUGGGCUUUGGUUUUUGUUCAGUACCAUAGUCAUGGGUGUCUUGGGUACUUGGACAAGGAGAGGACUUCUCUCUUGGAGAUCAAAGCUUCCAUCAAUUAUCUGAAUGGAUCUUCUCUUCCUACAUGGGAGGAUGGGACUGACUGUUGUAGUUGGGAAAGAAUCAAGUGCAACAAUGCGACAGGCCGAGUGACCAAAAUUUCUCUCAAUCGUACAAGGGAAAGGGAAUUGGGAGAAUGGUAUCUGAAUGCCUACUUACUUCUAUCCUUUGGAGAACUGCGGAGCCUCGAUUUGUCCCGGAAUUACCUGGCUGGUUGGGUUGAUCAUGAAGGUUUCAAUAGAUUGUCGAGAUUGAGCAAUCUAGAGCACCUUGACCUGAGCGAUAACUCAUUCAACGAAACCAUCUUACCGUAUUUGGGUGCACUCUCAUCCCUCAAGAGUCUGUCUCUGAGAGGCUAUCACAUUGGACUUCCUUUUUGA